AUGUCUACCCUCUUCGAGGCGGCCCAGUCUCUUCAGCCAUCCGCUAUGGAGCCACCAGAUAGCUCAAGUGCAGCCAAGCCGUCAUCAGUCCACACGACGUUUGUUGAGACAGAGUCAUCUGAAGUCACCGUGCAGAACAUCACCGCCAGGUUCUUCUUCAACCGACCUACCAAGGAUCUCAUCCCAGCCCGAUUUCUGCAGAUGGCUCAGAAUACGCCAGCCGUCCAACGAAAGGCCUGGAUCUUCCGCAUUGGUGCCGAUAAUGCACGCCAUGUCAAUGUCAGGGACUGGCCCGAGGUUGAUAUCCGGUACCGAGGCGUUUUCAGGACUCUCAAACGAGUCCCACGGUUCGAAAAGGGUCUCUGGGAGGGAGGCAGCGACAGUUGUCAAGAGAAGCUAGACGAUGGCCAACCUCGUGCACAGUCUCAGUUGGUGUAUGCUCUGCUGAACGAGAUUGGAGAGAUGCUGGAUCUUAAAAGAGAGACGAAGGAUGAGAUGAAUAUCUUCUAUUUGAGGCCGCGUCUCUUGGCCUGCCAGCUCGAGUACUGGACAGGCUACCGCCAAAAGUACAAGGAUGGACCUGAAACAGACGGGUACCUCUCCCUCGAUUUCGAACCCGAUCGUAUCAGCCCGAUACCAAUAUUGCCCGUCUCUACAACCACCCGGUGCUUCCGUGCCAACAGAACAGCGCAAAGUAAACUCACAAAAUUCCAGACAAAUACCGAAGAGCCACUCGAAUCCUCCCUUGCGAACAAAUUCAAGCUCAUGCUCGGCCAGCUCCUCCAGCACGUGAAGCCCCUCCCAGUUCCUGGCGACAAAAUUCCUGACCAAGAGAUCUUUCUCAUCGGCCAGCACGGCUCCAAACUGCACCUCCUGCGCGCCUUCUUCCCGGGCCACAAGAUGUCCAGUCUCUGGUGCCGGCGCGAACUGCCCUGCCCAGCGCCCAUCUUCCCCCCAAUGUCCGAGAGCCUCUCACCGUCUCCACCUGCGUCAUCUCCAAGAAACCCGACAUCCGUGCACAUCGAGCACAGCGACGGGGACGAGAGCGAGGCCGACGCCACUAGCCCGGUCACCCGGCGCCUGCGCCGCCGACGCAGCAGCAGCCACCGGUUCUACGCGGCAGAGAACAUCGAGCGGUUGCGGCGGCACUUCGAGGCUACGAAACUGAGCAUGUUAGAUCGGGAGUUGGAUACACGGACGUUCCGAGUGCUUGGCACGCGCGAGUUUGACCUCUGGAAGGAAGACGACUUCGCGGCUGCCAUACACGUCCUUGUCGCGCUGGAAAUGUACCUGCUCAGCGGGAAGGCGCGCUGCGGCAUGCUGCAGCAGGUAUUCCUGACGAACCCGUACCCGGGUGAUUCGUCCGGGACUGCGUCUGAGGAUGGUGAAGCCGAGGUUGAGGCCAAACCUGAAUAUGAGGAUGGCUAA